UGGAAGAGAAAAUGAUAGAAACUAGCAAAGAAGAACCCUCGUGCCCCAUGUUUUACUCUGAUAUUCCCAAAGCCGAUCCUCCCUCUUCAGAUUCUUGUUGACUCUCUCUCUCUCCCUCUCUCUUUCAAACCUAUACUCUCUCUCUCUUUCUUCCUUCUUCUACAAUAAUACAAGAACCCAACCCUAGGGACACCCCACCCAAGUUGCUCUCCGACUGACCACCUCAAUUCAGGCGUCAACCAUGGCGGCACCGACCUGGCCGUGGACUCUCUCAGUUUCUCUAACUGUGACCCUAACUUUAACCCUUGUUUCCGUAGCCUAUGGCAACUCCGAAGGAGAUGCUCUUUACACCCUCAGGAGGAGCUUGUCGGAUCCGGAUAAUGUUCUUCAGAGCUGGGAUCCGACCCUUGUCAACCCCUGUACUUGGUUCCACAUCACCUGCAACCAGGAUAAUCGCGUUACUCGAGUGGACUUGGGGAACUCAAACUUGUCUGGACACCUAGUACCUGAACUUGGGAAGCUAGAACACCUGCAAUAUCUGGAACUCUAUAAAAACAAUAUUCAAGGAAACAUCCCUGGUGAGCUUGGUAAUUUGAAGAGCCUCAUCAGCUUGGAUUUGUACAACAACAACAUCUCAGGGGCCAUUCCUUCUUCUUUGGGGAAAUUGAAGUCCCUUGUCUUUUUACGUCUUAAUGACAACCGGCUAAGUGGACCAAUCCCUAGGGAACUCGUCGGUGUUUCAAGCCUCAAAGUUGUGGAUGUCUCAAACAAUGAUUUAUGUGGAACAAUUCCCACCAGCGGGCCAUUUGAGCAUAUACCUUUGAACAACUUUGAGAAUAAUCCUCGACUAGAAGGUCCAGAGUUGCUGGGACUCGCGAGUUAUGACACAAAUUGCUCAUGAAGAGAUCAAGAGGCUGAAAACUGCCCAACUUGCCUUCAAUCACGUGGACUUCAACAAUUGAAAGUGAAUUACCUGAUCGUGUAAUGGGAUUGGUUAAAUGUAAUCCCUGAUAUAAGUAUUUGUAAAUCGUUUGAGACUUCUCAAUGCUUUAGAAUUUGUUGUGUUCUAAGAUCAAGACGGGAAUUUGUAUUAAUAUAAUGCUAGUGAAGGGUUUACUUAA